GUGGCAUCGGGAGCACAGCAGCAAGUUCAAUCUCGGGUUUUCCAUUCAUGCUGUGCUCUUGUCUUCACAUUCUGUGACACAGUCUUGAUGAUCAGGCUGAGACUGUAACCACACUAGUCACCAGAAGGACUCCGAUCGUCAACUUUUUCUCCGCAUCUGCAGAUGGCGCCAGCGAGAAAACAAAGAGGUGGUAGCACCAAGUCCGCUCAGUUCCCUCCAAAAGACGCCAACAUUGCACAAAAACGUCCCGGCUCCGUGGCUUUCCCGAUCGAAUUGCAACAAUUGAUUUUGGAUGUGUUCCGCCGGGCUUUUCCCUUUGACGAUCAAUCCGAAGUCCAGAAGCACAUCCAAGAGGUGAAAGGCCACCUAUUCCAACGGGACUUUAUCAGUGCUUUUGCUAAGCAAGCAUAUCUCGAUGCUUAUGCAUUGAGGUGGAGUGCCAGCCGUGCACUUGGCUAUAGCGAUAUCUUACUGCACCACGACCUGCAGCAGAUAUGGCUCGCCAAAACUGUGGAUUCGACAAGCGCUACUAGAGUUGCUUGCAUUGGAGGUGGCGGAGGGGCGGAAGUGGCUGCAUGUGCGGCUGCAGCACGAUCAUAUUCGUUGUCCUUCAAACUCGAAGUCCACGCAAUAGAUAUUGCGGACUGGUCCAGUUGUCUUACGAAGCUAGAACAUGCCAUCUGUACGCCAUCUCAACUAUCACCAUAUGCAAGCGAAAGCGCGAAGGCGACGAACAAACCGUUGGUCCCCAAUGACCAAUUUGCAGUCCGCUUCUCUCAACGCGAUAUACUUGCAGUUGAGGAAGGAGAACUCCGCGACAUACUCGGUGGGGUCAGAUUGUGCACCAUCAUGUUCACUCUCAACGAACUGUUUACGACCUCGAUAUCGCGGACGACUGCAUUCUUAUUGGCGCUUACCGAUACCAUGCAGCUGGGUUCGUGGCUGUUGGUGGUCGACAGUCCUGGUUCCUAUUCCGAAGUCAAGUUGGGUCAAGGUAUGGAGGCGAAAACGAGAAAAUAUCCUAUGCAAUGGCUACUCGACCAUACGCUACAGCAGGUUGCACAGAGUAAGUGGAAGAAGCAUGUCUCCGAUGAUUCGAGAUGGUUCAGAUUGGACUCAUCAUUAAAGUACCCCAUGGAAUUGGAGAACAUGAGGUAUCAAAUCCAUCUCUACCAGAGGGUAGAGGAAGGGGUAUUCUAAGCGGCUUUUGAAUGAUGAACAAGAACAAUUGCUAAUCCGUCUGAUCAUACAUCUAUUCGUCAUCCUCAUCACCCUCGUCGUUGACCACGUUGAAGAAUCGCAGUUCGUAGACACCCUUGCUCGUAGAUACAACACGGAGCCAGUCACGGAGUUGUUGCUUCUUGAGGAACUUCUUUGUCCUGUACUUCAGGUAGCGACCCGAGAAAGGAAUGUGUGUGACCACCUCGAGUUUGCCAUCUCCAACCUGGGAGAUGCUGACGUCGUCGCCGAGGUUGCCGGUGCGGCCCU